AUGGCGACCCCGUUCCGCCCGUCCGCGCCCGCCCCGUCCGCCAAGGGCGGCUGCGGCGGCGACCGCUGCGCCUCCGGCCGCGACGCGUGGCCGCUCCACCACUUCCGCCACGAGGGGGUCUUCUGCCUCCUCUGCUCCUCCUGCGUGCUCCUCUACAGCCCGUCCGCCUUCUGCGCCGCCUGCCUCCACAUCCUCUCCUCCUCCCCCGCCGCCGCCGCCGCUUCCCCGGGCGACCCCGCCGUCGCCGCGCCCGGGCCCACCGCGCCCUGCUCCGCCUGCGGCGUCUCCGUCGCGCACCUCUCCUGCGUCCCGGGGGCGGACCGUCACCCCUUCGUCUGCCCGCCCUGCGCCGCCGCCGCCGAGGGCAGGGCCUUCUCCUUCGCGCCGGCGCCCGGCCGCCGCCCGCUCCAGGAGCGCGACGCGCGGGUCCUCCUCGUGGCCGCGCGCCUCGCGCACGACUCCGUCAGCCGCGCGCCGCGGCCGCCGCCCGCGAGGAGGCGGAGCGCCGCGUCGCCGCGGCCGCCGCGGCAAGGAAGCGCUCCCGCGAGAUGCUCGACGCCGCCUUCGCGCGCUCGAGGCGGAGGCCAGGGACGCCAAGAUGAAGCCCGCCGCGGCCGCCCAGCCGCCAGCCCCCAAGAAGAAGCCCGAAGCCACCCUGCCCCCGCCCCCGCCUCCCAAGAAGAAGCCCGAGGCCAAUAG